GGCAUUUAUGAUGAUGAUGUAUAAUUGUGAGCUGAUUUGAUGACGUGUGAUCGAAUCCCGAAUGGAGAGAAAGUGAAACUAGAGGACGAAACGAGGCGGGAUUUUGCGGCCAUUUCUAUUGUCAGAUUUGAGCUCUAUAUCUGUAUUAAUAUGUGUAUUAUGAUCAUACUGAAUAUGUCUGAAGGCUUCAGUUCUCGAGGACAAUCUUUAUGUGUCUGCAGAAUGCUGUUGUUGGUUGUUUUCAGUCUGAUUCUCGUGGAGGCUUCAGACUCAAAGCACGCAGUGGAGGUUCUCCCGGGUCAGAUUGUGGGUCGGGUGGGUUUGGCGGUCACUCUGCCCUGCUGGAUCUCUCCUCAGACGGACGCCGGGACUCUGGAGGUCCGCUGGUAUCGUCCCGAACGCUACGACACUCCUGUUCUCUUCUAUCAGAAAGGAAAGAUUCAGGAGGUUCAGGAGGAAGGGUACAGGAACCGCAGCUCUCUGAGCCGGCGCUCCGCUCUGUCUAACGGACUGAAGGACGGAGACGUGUCUCUGCGUUUGGACAAUCUCACAAUUCAGGACGGAGGCGUGUUUUACUGUUAUGUGAGUGGAGACUGGUACGACAGUCAACCUGUAACGCUCAACAUCAGCGCUUUAGGACGGACACCAGUCCUGUCUCCACAGCCCCUGAAUGACACACACGUGAACGUCAGCUGUAGAUCCAGCGGCUGGUUUCCGGAGCCGAGUGUCGUGUGGAUGUCAGCCAGAAGAAGGCUUCUCUCCGCUGGACGAGUUUGUCACAGUCGUGGAGCUGACGGGACGUUCUCUGUCCACGGCUGGAAAGCGGUCUCUCUCUCUGAUGCUUCACAGGUGUUCUGUCUUCUGUCACUCAGCAGUGGAGAGGAGAGAGAGGGAGCAGUGGACGUACGGGCCUUCAGACCUUCACCGUCAGGUCCGUGGAAGGCUCUUUUCAUCACUUUUGUGAUUUUUGUUCUUCUGGGUCUGUUUGGUUUCGUCUUAUUUAAACACAGAGACAGACUAACAGGUAAACAAACAACAAAGAACGAGAACGAUGAACUGAACAACAGAGAAAUGAAAGCAGAAAUCACAACACCGUCCACUGCUCAUGUUGAAAUUAUAGAGCAGCUGAGAAAACACUCAGUUGUGAUCACUCUCGACCAUGAGUCUGCACAUCCAGAUCUGAGGAUCUUAAAGGAUCAUAAUAAAGUGAGAGACUCUCCCAACUAUCAGCAGAGAGGAGAUGAAUUUCCAUAUGAACUGUGUGUCUGUGGAGCUGAAACAUUCACGUCUGGACGACAUUAUUGGGAGGUUGGGUUGGUUGAUAAUAAUGUAGAUCCUAAACAUUUCUGGCUAAUUGGCGUAGCAAUAAAAGGGAAUUAUCAGUCUGCAGAUAAAACUGGUUUGACUGCAUCAAAGGGCUUCUGGUGGUUGUGCUCAGACGGUCCAAAAGGCUUUUACACAAACACUGAACCACCAAUAACUCUCCCUCUUUCACCCAGACCUCAGUGUGUUGGUGUUCUGUUAGAUUAUGAUUUAGGUCAGCUGUCGUUUUAUGACGUCACUGAGAGUAAACAUCUACUGACCAUCAGCACUAGAUUCUCUGGACCAGUUGUUCCUCUCUUUAAUCCUGGUGUAGGUGAUACAAGUGCAUUAAAAAUUGUAGAUCCUCCAGAACCUCAAGAAUCACCUGAAGAGUCCACUCAGCCUUUACUGCAGAACUCACAAACUCGGUCUGAAAAACACAAUGUUUAACCUUAGUGGCCGUAUGGGUCUUUAAACAUUUGUGACCCUGGACAACAAAACCAGUUUUCUGGGUCAAUCUUUCGAAAUUGAGAUUUUUGCAUAAUCUGAAAGCUGAAUCAUUAAGAUUUCUAUGGAUGUGUGAGUUGUUAGGAUAAGACAAUAUCUGUCUGAGAUACAAUCGUUUAAACUCAGGAAUCUGAGAGUGCAGGAAAAACUAAAUAUUGAGUAAAUUGCGUGUAAAGUUGUUCAUCAGAGACUCUGAUGUCUUAAUAAGGGGCACCACUCAGACAAACAAAGUUUUGAUAUAUUUUAGGUAGCACAUUUUCAAAAUAUCUUCAUGGAACAUGAUCUUUACUUCAUAUCCUAAUUAUAUUUGGCAUGAAAGAAAAGUCGAUCAAUUUGACCCCCAAAAUGUAUUUUUGUCUUUUACUAAAAAUGUUCCUGUGCUACUUAACACUGGUUUAGUGAUCCAGGGUCACAUCUAAGUGUAAAACAUUCAGUAUCUGACGCUUCAGAGACACGCUGGGUUGUGUUUGACUGAUGCUGGAGAUUUCUGCUCAUAAUGUUGUCAAUAAUGUUCAGUGUCCUCUAAAAAGAGAGAGUCAUUUGCUUUAUAUGUCAACAUAUGAGGAGACGCUGGGAUUGAUCUGCUUUAGAAACUUAAAGAAGUAGUUCACCUUCAAAAUGAGAAUUUGUAGUUUCAGUUUUUGGUCACCAUCUCCUUUUGUGUUCGGCAGAAGAAAGAAAAUCACACAGGUUUAAAAUGACAACAGGGUGAGCUGAUGAUCACAGACUUCUCAUUUUGGAGGUGAACUUCUCCUUUAAAGACAGGAAACCUGAUGAAUCUUCUUAAGCGUUCUACUGAAGAAACAAUGUCACCUACAUCUCAGAUGUCCUCAUGAGGCUAAAUAAACCGCAUGAUCUAUAUAACGCGUCAUCAUAUAGUGAGACAGACGGAUAGAUCAAACACAACCUUCACCAGCAUCUGUCGAUCUGUCAUUAUAUUUAACAUGAAUCACAGAAAUGAAUGAGCAGUAUGUGCACAUCACACACAUGUUUAUAUUCACAUAGAAUUGACUUUUUUAAGUCUGUGCUGAUACACAGAACACUCAUAUAAAGGGUUAAGGAAAUAGAACUCAUGCAUUUAUUUCAUCAAGGUCCAUUAAAGUUCAUCAACAUGACGUUUGUUCAUCAUCUCUUUGGAUUGAACUCUGUAUAUUCUGAUAAAUGUAAGGUUUGAGUUAACCGUACUAAUGAUGACACCAAAAUGUGUCUUCAUAUCUUACCACAUGUACAAACUAAAUCUACAUUUUCACUUUGAAUGAACUUUCAUUUGUAUUUGUGCUCAGAUAAUCUGUGUGUAAACAAUGUUGUGUGUUGACCGUGUGUUAAACUCUUCUGUCUCUGUUUUUUUUUUUUUUAAGUGAAUUGUAAUACUGUUAUAUUGAUAUUAAACCUGAAACGUUUUCAA